AUGACCGACAACCAAAAGACGGUCGCAGCCUUUGCGCUGCACAAGCUGCUCACCUCUGGCGCGGUAUCCGCGCCAAUUACCGCUACACAACUGCUGGUGAAGGUUAUCACGACACCAAUUCCUGAGGGCCUGUUGGCGAACACUUCCAGUCCACCACGGUUCCGUCUUACGGACCUGGCACUAUUCGAGUCGAUCCUCGAAUCCUUUUCGCCCACUUGGGAGCAUGGGACUCUUUCGCUCGCACGUGAGCAUGGUACAUUGACAGUCAUGGAUGUAACGCUCCAAGGAGCAACGCAAACCGCUCUCGGCGAAAGUCUGAAUCCACGGAAACGGAAACGGGUUAUCGACGACGAAGCGGACUCUGCUGCAGGAGAUUCUGAGCCAGAAAAUUCGUCAUUCGAUGCCCAGCUUCCCACUACGCUGGGAAGUUUGAGCAAAGAGUUGCAGGAGGUGUAUGCCUUGAUGCAAAAGGGGACGGCCAAGAGCCGUUUGUUAUCAGAGCAGUUUAGGUCGCCCGACGAGUCGACCUUCGAGCCUAUCUGCCCCCGGGUGACCAAAGACGAAUGUGCCAAAGCGCGAAUGCUUGAAACAGGAAACGCAACUAUCUGCAAUAUGAUCCAUUUCCGACCUCUCAUCCGCGCCCAUACUGACCCAACUCUGGGGCAUUGUUCUUAUCUAAAUACCUGCUACUCAGAACCGACGUACGCGCAAUCUCCUUCAAUACCUCCCUUUCCAGGCACCUCUCACAGCCAUGGUCAUGCCCCACCCAACUCUCGUGGCCCGCUUUCCUUGCCUUCUGGACUGGGUGCAGGAGGACGAGGAAAGGACAAGGCUCCCUGUCGAUAUUUACACUAUGAGGUGGACUGGGACCCCAGUGAUGGCGAGCGGACGCGCAGUACGAAUGGGACAGAGAAGAAGAAGCACUCUCACAGGCUCGCGAUCGGAAUGGGUCCUACCGGCAAAUUCACCCAACCGCUUCCGCCUCAGUGGAUUAAUUGCGAUGUUCGCAGAUUCGACUACUCUGUUCUUGGUAAAUUCCAUGUCAUUAUGGCGGAUCCGCCAUGGGACAUCCAUAUGAGCCUGCCCUACGGGACUAUGACGGACGAUGAAAUGCGAGCAAUGCCAAUUCCGACACUGCAAGAUGAAGGACUACUAUUCUUAUGGGUGACAGGGCGGGCUAUGGAAGUUGGGCGCGAAUGCUUGAAGUUCUGGGGCUACACGCGAGUGGACGAAGUGAUCUGGGUCAAAACUAACCAACUUCAACGAGUUAUUCGCACCGGUCGCACAGGCCAUUGGCUGAACCACACCAAGGAGCACAUGCUGGUUGGCGUCAAGACGGUCGUUGACGCGGAAGGCAAACUCGUGAUGCCUGCAUGGGCCAAUCGUGGCGUUGACACAGAUGUCAUUGUUUCUGAGGUCCGCGAAACCAGUCGCAAGCCUGACGAGGUGUACAACCUGAUCGAACGCAUGUGUCCUGGUGGUCGCAAAAUUGAGAUCUUUGGACGGAAGCACAAUACGCGACCGGGUUGGAUCACGCUGGGAAACCAGUUGGGAGCUGACCAGAUUUACGAGGAAGAUUUGGCAGCAAGAAUCAAAGCCAAGUAUCCUGAACGGCUUAUUAACACUCCAACUACUGUCUGA